UUUCCAAUAUCAUGAAUCUUAAUGGGAAUAGGGGUUCUUAAAAUUAAGUUCAUGUUCUCCUCUUUAAAAAGCUCCGUCAAACAUUCUAAUUUCUAAUUCUCAAUAGCCCCGGAAUAAAAUAGUAAUUUCAAAUUAAUUUAAGGGUUUAAGCCGCCGAGAGAGCGUGAGAGAGCUAUGGGGAACCCCAAGCAGAAAUGGACUUCGGAAGAAGAAGAAGCUCUCCGCGCCGGCGUGGCCAAGCACGGCGCAGGCAAGUGGAAAAAUAUCCAGAGAGACCCUGAAUUCAACCACCUCCUACAUUCUCGCUCCAACAUUGAUCUUAAGGAUAAAUGGAGGAAUCUGAAGGCAAGUGCAAAUGCCCAAGGUUCAAGGGAUAAAUCAAAGAGUCAAAAGCCAAAGCCAAAGGCCAAUGCUGAUGUUCCUAUGACUCCAGUGCCCAAUGCACUAACCCAUGCUUCCUCCACUCCAUUUUUACGGGAUACAUCAACACCAGAAGAUGGAAAAACUGCUUCAAAGUACAAUGGAAUGAUUUAUGAAGCACUUACGAAUCUAAAAGACCCAAGUGGAUGCGAUAUAGGUACAAUUGUCAAUUUCAUUGAGCAAAGACAUGAAGUGCCACCAAAUUCCAGACGGCUACUGAGUUCUAGGUUGAGGAGGCUUGUUCAACAAGACAAACUUGAAAAGAUACACAACUGCUUUAGGAUCAAGAAAGAGUUCUUACGUGCAUCAUCAACAACUCCGACUCCAAAAAUAAAGGAUUUGCAAAACAGUGGCUAUCUUGGUGAUACAGUAGAAGAAGUAGCUAUAGCGGCUGCCUACAUGAUUGCAGAAGCAGAAAACAAAUCAUUUGUGGCAGCUGAAGCUGUCAAGGAGGCUGAGAGGGUCUCCCGAAUGACUGAGGAUAGUGACGUUCUGCUUCAAUUGGCAAAGGAUAUCUAUGACAAAUGUGCUCGUGGAGAAAUUGUGCUAUUGGCAUAGGAUAUGUAUGGUCUACAAAUCUUUUAGAGGUUGUAAAUCAGUAAUUAUUUUUUGGUUGUUUAGUUGAUUAAUAUGACACUGUUAUAGGUCUUAAAUCAAGAAUUUCUAUGUGCAAUCUAUAUAUGCUCUCUAUACAGGGAUCAUUCUUGUUGCAUCUUUCUUGUGUUGUAAAGAUAUAUGAUUCCGGGAAGUUUGCAACACAGGGCUUCU